AACUUCCCUCUCUGUGUGUGCCUGUGAUGUGCUUUUGUUGUGUGUUCUUUGAGAGUUGUGUGUCCAGUAGCUCGAGCGAAGCCCAAGUGUCUGUGUCGGUGCUGCUGCUGAUGGUGGUGGUGCUGAUGAAGAUCUUCUCUCUUCUGUCUCUCUGGUUUUUCGGCAGUGCUGAUGCGAUGAGUCUGAAGGAGCCGCAGAUCUGCUAUAUUUUGGAUGCGGUGCUGUUUGUCUAUGGGAUUGUUCUCACUGUCCUGUACUGCAGAAUGAAGAUGCGAAGUAAACAAGCGCCAAAAAGCUCAUAUUCAGGGAAGAAAGAUGCCGGUGAAGGGGUGUAUGAGGGGCUCAAACCUCAUGAAUCGGACACAUACGAGACCAUCAAGAUGAAAUCUACCAAAAAAUGAGACUCGCCACCAGCAGAAAAAAGCCACCAUCAUCUCAGAACAUCAUGUAAAUAAGCUGUUGACCUCAAGAAAAGGUUUAGGAGGGAUUGUUCCAAAAUAACAUAAAUGUUUUAUGAAGAAUGUUGAAGCCAUUGACUUUGGUAGUUGGAGAAAAAAAAAAUUUAUGGAAGUCAAUAGCUAUGCAGUUCAUCCAAAGACGCAAAUCAGAAUUAUGUGCAUAAAUUAAAUAUUACAUAAAAAAAUUGUGAUUUAAGUACAGUUUCUGAUCAAAAUUUUCAGUUCUUGAGAAACUGGUGGCAAAUAUCGAAGAAAAAAAUUUUAUUUUGAUGUGGUACACUGGUUAGCAUGGUUCCACACAAUUCCUUCAUGUUGUCUCAACACAAAUCAAUUAAGUUAACGUAAUCAGUUUUACAAAUUUAAGUGGAUUGAACAUAAAACACUUAAGUUGUCCCCCCAAAAAACCUUAAGAAUUGUGUUAUUUCAACUAAUUUUAAUUAAGUAGUUUAAACAAGCAACACAAGUUAUUUUUUCAGUGAAGAAGAAGCCACUGUCUGCCUAAUAUUCUUAAAUAAUAAAUUUAGCUUUGGAAGGCGAAAUGCAAUGAACGCGCUGUGGUUUUGUGGUUGAGGCACAAAACAGUUCUGAAGGUAAUAAUACUGAACUACUUUCAUGAUGGACUUUGGCUGAGAGAUUUUAGAAUGACCAAAACAACAUUUCUGGUCAAUCUGCUGGUUUGUCCAUCAAUGCUGUACCAUUGUACCCAUCUUUAUCACAUGAUGUAGUUAAACAAAAAUGACAUGACUUUUUGGAUGUGCAUUACAGAAUUUAUUAAAAGGUAUCCGCAGGUUCUUAAAGUUUCAAAAUGUCUUAAAUCUUAAAAGCUAAAUUUUAGGCCUUAAAAAGUCUUUAAUCUAUUGAAAUGUUGUUGUAGGUCUUACAUUUUUUUUUAACAGGUCUUAAUUUUCCUUUGUUCAUUUAUAACUACCCAGUCUGGCCAUUAUCAUCUAUACAAUAACCAACAAUUCCAAUCUCAGAAAAACAUUUAACUUAUUUAAAUAUAGCAUUUAUAUACUUUCCUUACCGUAACAUUUGCUUAAAAGUUCUCCAUUUAUUUACUGAUGAGGAUACUGACUGGACCUAUAUAUAUUUUUUAUUAUUGUUAAUUAUUAAAAUUUUUAUGUAAUUAUUAUUAUUAUUGUAGACUGAAGUGUUUGAUAACUAUGUUUUGUUCUAUUCUUGGUAAGGGUUAGAGCUAGACCCACACAGAAUCUGCCCGCGCAGAAAUCCGCAGAUUUUUAGCCCAUCAUUGAGCCUAUGUAUUUAAUUGUGCAAAUGUGUGUAAAUUUAUAUUUAAUUAAGUUUUAAAAUACAUUUUUAGCAAUAUUAUUGACUAAUAUGAAAAUGUUCAUAUCAAUUAUUCACAAUAGUUUGUAAAGUAUUAUUUAAAUUUUAUGUUUUAGUAGAUAUUAUUAUAUGAAAAUUUGGUUUGUUUACCAAAUAAGUGAAUCUAAUUGGAUUUGCAUUGUAAAUAAUAAAUAAAAGUUAAAAAGGUAUUAUUUUUGAUUUCAUAUAUUCCUAUUCAUAUAUUAAGUUUUUAGUUAUUAUACUCCCAAAAUCAUCCCGCAGAAAUCUGCAGAUUCUUUACAAAAUUCUGCGCAGAAAUAUCAAAAAAAUAUCAAAAAAAUUCUAACAAAAUUAUUAGUAUCAUAUUACUCAAUGUAUUAAAUUUUUAUCAUUUUUGGAAUGGUGUGUGAAAGUCUUUUCUAAUUGGGAUAUUCGAAAACAAUCCUCAGCAUUUAGCCCUGUAUGAGUCUGAAAUUUAAUUCAUAAUGCUCUUAAAAUUGUCUUAAAGUCUUUUAUUUAACUUGGUGAAGCCUGCAGAAGCCCUGUAUCAAGUAAAUACGUUUCCAUAUUAGUUCAUAAGCAUUUUUCUUAACAGAUGAAAAGUUGAUCCUACUCAAUUGAGCAAAUGUUUUUAUGUGCAUUUUCCAAAUUUAUGUGCAUCUUGGUGUUUCCAUUGGUUUUCCAGGCCAUUUCCAUUUUUUAUGUGAUAUUUCAAAAUGUGCAUAAAAUGGUUGGAUAGAAACAUGGCUAUUGUGAACAUUCUUCAAAAUAUCUCCAUUUUGCGUUCAACAAAAGAGAAUGAUGAAAAAAUGUACAUUUUUGUGUGAACAGUCCCUCUUUAUUAGUUUCAUAACAUAAUAACUUUGAUAAACACAUAUGCUAAGCUUUUUUUCUCUGUAACAAAUCCUCAAAUUUUAAUCAGUUUUAUUAAUUUAAAUGAUUGUGUUUGUGAUUUUGUCAUUGUUGUUGAUGAAUGUAUGUUUCUGUUGGCAUUUUUUAAAAGUGUUAACUAUCGCUUUUAAAAUGUUAACUAUCGCUGAGUGUCAGUAUUUUCACUUCCUGUUUGGCUUCUAGAGCAACAUGCCAGUCCGAGUCAUUUCCUGUUUAAAGAGCACAUGAGCUGGUCUGAAGCCGCGCGCCUCUGACCACAGGUGUGAGAGUGAUGGUGGAAACACUGCCUUUCUUUCCAUUCAGCUCUGAGACAAAAGCUGUUUGUUCUUUUUCAUGAGAAAACAAAUGUGCGUGUGUGCGUGUGUGUGUGUGUGUGUGUGUGUGUGGCACAAUUAUACAGCAGCGAUUGUAAGAAUUUACUUUAAGAGUAUAACAUUUUACAAAAGGGUUCCAUUAGUUACAUGAAAAAUGAACUAUGAGAACUGCCAUAUUUAUCCAUAUUUUUAUGUUAAUGAAAAUCAUUCACUUUAAAAAGUGAAAACUUAAACAAAUUACUUCUAUUUGUUACAGUUAAAUAAGUUUUGACAAACUUAAUUUGUGCCAGUUUUCAGUAAUAAAUUAAGUUAGUUCUUUUAGGUGUAACAAGUUUGUCAUUUAUUUAAGAGAACAGAUAAUUUCCUUCCUGCUGUAUAAUAAUAAUAAUGGUAAAAAUACUUUUAUUACAGUAUAAAUAAUUUUCUUCCCAUCUUAAUAUAAUAAUAGCAAUAAUACUUUUAUUACAGUACAAAUCACUUCCCAUGUUAAUAUAAUAAUAAUAAUAAUAAUACUUUUAGUACAGUACAAAUCACUUCCUUCCCAUGUUAAUAUAAUAAUAAUAAUAAUAAUACUUUCAUUACAGUACAAAUAAUUUUUUUCCCAUGUAAAUAUAAUAAUAAUAAUACUUUUAUAACCGUACAAACCAUUUCCUUCCUGUCCUCCACUUCUUUCUAAAGUUGGAAAGAGUAGACUGUCCAGAGGUUCAUCUAACCCAUUUAAGAAAAUUUGGGACCCAUUUAGGAAAUAUAUCCAAGAACGUGUUUUAUUGUCAAAUAUAGAGCAAGUCCUUGUUCCAGCAAAGCUAACUUCAUUGUUUUACAAAUUUAAGUGGAUUGAACAUAAAACAAUUAAGUUGUCCCCCCAAAAAUGCAAAAUUGUGUUGUUUUAACUCGUAUUAAAUAAUCAGUUUGAACAAGCAGCAAAAGUCAUUUUUGAGUGUCGUCACUGUUAACUUAGUGCACAACUUUAGAUUUUAAUAAUGAAACUUAAAAGUUAGGAUUAAUAAAUUAAUAAAGUUUUUAUAAUUAUGCACGUAGUUCAUGUACUUAUUACUUUGAAGGCGGUGAGUUUACUCACUUUUUCAACACAUUGCUUUUUACAGUGUACUGACUUACAAACGGGUAAUAAGCCUACUAAUUGUUUAUUGAGCUCAUAGCCUUAGUUAAUGGUUUGUUAAUUGUGUGAAUUGUACAUUGUGAAAUAAAGCGUUACUGUAAAUUCAGUACAGGUAUUGUUCUUUCUUAGUUCAUGUUAGUAAAUACAUUAACUGAUGGAGCCUUGUUGUAAAGUGUAGCCAGUUUUCCUUUUAAUUUAUACUAAAGGUUUGUGUGGUUUGUGAGGUUGUGCUUAUACUUUUUAUACUCAAUAUUUAAUGCUGUCAUUCUGAAAUGGUCUCAUUUCUUGUUCAAAAUAUAAUAAGUACUUUUUAUUUUAUUUUCAAUGCUGUGGAUUAGAUAUUCAAAACAAAACCAAAUAAAAUAUUUCAGUUCUUUUUUCCUAAAAAAAAAUGACUAUACAAAUUCUGUCACCAUUUACUCACCCUUCACUCAUCGCAAAUAUAUUUGAGUUUCCUUCUUCUGUUGAUCAUAAAAAACACAUUUUUUAAACAUGUUGGAAAUGCAGUAGCCAUUGACUUAUUUAUUUUUCCUAUGGAUAUCAAUGGUUAUCAGUUUCCAACAUUCUUCAAAAUAUCUUCUUUUGUGUUCAACAGAAAAACUCAAAGAUUUGAAACCACUUAUGGGUGAGUAAAUUGAAAUUAAAUAUGGGGCACUAUCACUUUAAGAGUGAAUUGGAAUUUCUUACAUUACAUUAGAUUUGCAGACAUUUGUUGGGGAUCAAUUGGUGACACAAUCAUGAUGUCUGUAAAUAAACAAUCAUGAUGUCUGAUUAAAUAGUUAUUUAACCAUCAAAACAAGAAGUGAAAUAAAAUGAAAUGUUAUUUUCUGCACAUUAAAAAGUGUUUGGAAAUUGCUUUGGAAAACAAAUCUUAUAUUUGUAACACGAUACACCGAAAACAUCAGCUAAAAUGUCAAUCAGUGUAGCAAUAUCGAACAACUAUAAAAGGUUUAUAAUAAUAACAUAAUAUAAUCUAAAAUGUUUUAAACAGUGAAAUAAUAAUGUCCAUUUCAAAUGUUUGUAAUUGUUCCUUUGUGUAGCAGGUCUGAAUGUACAUUAUGCAGCAUCUGCAUAACAUCUGAAAUCAAUUAAUAAUUAAUACAUGCUAUUUAAUCACUGCCAAAUGCUGAAAAAUUUCGCUUCAUUUAACAACAACAGCAGCAGCAAAUGAAUGAUUUGCCUACUUAAUAUAUUUACAAUAAUGUUGUUUUUGGAAGUUCUAAAUAAAGAUUAUAGAAAAUAUA